GGCUCAAGGCAGAGUCUUAGAGGGCCGCUCUUUCUUUUUCCUCUGGCAUUCGGCGACUGUCCGUUGCCCCAGCGAGCAUUUGAUGGAUCGCACAGCGUCUGCAGAGUCAACGGGGAGCACGUCCAGUCCCUUUGCCGGCGGCACCAUGGGCGUCAAGGUAGUUGCCAGCACAUGGUCCCGUGACUCUCACGACCUUUUUGACUUCGAAGCUAGCCAGCUGCAGACGAAGACUUUCACUGUCCCCAAUUCGGCCAAGUUUAUUCGCUCUGGUACAGACGUCCAAAUGCUUACUGACAACGAGAAUCCACCACCAGGCGGCGAACCAAUGCUUCGCCUGGUGCAGCGCGAGGGCUGCUACUGGGUGGACAAGGCGACGCCUGCGAGUAGCUCCAAGAAGCUUUGGGUGGUCGUCCGCGACCUCGCCACCUCUGGGCAUAAGCUGUCUGAAGGUGAUGUCAUCAAGCUUGGACGCUUCAAGUUCAAGGUGCGCCAGAUGGUAGCUUCUGAGACUUCGACCCAGCAGCCAGAGCUGCAUUUGGAUGAUACAGCAGGCUUCACAUGUGACAUAGAGACUGACCAUGAGACCCGCCUGGCCAAAACGUCAUGCCGGAUUUGCCUGUUGGAGGGCUCCUCUGACGACGACCCGUUGAUCAGGCCCUGCCAGUGCAAGGGCUCCAUUGAGUACGUGCACCUGGGCUGCUUGCGCCACUGGGUCAGAGGUCGCCUCAACAUUGCCGACACUCCAGAAGGUUCAUACUUCUACCGGCCACUGCCUUGUGAACUGUGCAAGGCCGCCUAUCCGGCGUCAGUGACAAACGGUCAGCAGAAGAUGCCUCUUGUGGAGGUCCCUAAGACGAUGCCGCCGUACAUUGUACUCGAGAACAUGAUGCGUGACGCGCAACAGCACAGCAGCCGUGGACUACAUGUCGUUUCCCUCGCAGAAAACAAGCUGCUGAAGCUGGGCAGAGGCCAUGAAAGCGAUGUGCGCAUCGCCGACGUGUCCAUCUCCCGUUGUCACGCCACAAUUCGCUAUCAGAAAGGAAGUUUCGUCCUUGAGGAUCAUCGCUCCAAAUUCGGUACAUUGGUUGCCAUGAAGAAACCACGGCCCCUGGAUCAUGGCAGCGCGAUUUCAAUUCAAGUUGGGCGCACCGUGUUGUCCCUCUCCCUACAGUCGGAACCUGCUGGGCCUGUCAACAGUCCGGCGACCACUGAAGGGGAGAUCCCAAUGCAACAACUCUAGAUCCUGUUCAGACGGCCAGCUCACGGUCCAAAAUGCUGUCUGAGCUGGUGCAAUGGCCAGCAUUUCAUUCCAUCUUAGAACGCCUUUCUCUUAGUUCGCAUGCCGGUACAGCAUGAGCAUGCACGCUGGUGUAGAAUACAGUACAUGAAAGUUGCAUGUAGGCGCAGGGCGCAUUUGCAUGCUGGAAGUGUGCUGCAUGGUGCUGAGGUGUCAAACACGCUUGACACCGGCAUGCUGAGAAGCAAGUAUGGCAAUGCCAUGUGCAAUCUGUGAGAAGUGAAUAUCAAUACUGGCCCCCUUCCAGACA